CGGGUUUCCCUGAAACUUACCCGGCCCUGGGGAGGCGCGCGGAGGCUCGGAUUAGGGGCAGGCGCGAGGCUGGCUUUCUCUCGGAGUUCUGAGUCUCGAAUCCGUGGCGGCGGAUUCCCCGUCCGCCCGGCGUCGGGGCUGCGGGAAGGAUGCGAAGCCUGAGCGCGGCGUGGCUGCUGGCGGGUGCCAUCCUGCUGGCGGCCUCUGCCUCCUGCAACCGCACCGCCCAAGGAGCCAAAAGACCCUCGGGAGGAAGAAGUCUUAUUGGUAAGAUUGACAGCUCAUCUCACAUCACUGGAAAAGGAGUUACAGCGGAACGAGGCUUCUCCGUGGAUGAGUUUUCUGCAUCUGUCCUCACUGGAAAACUGACUACCGUCUUCCUUCCGAUUGUCUACACGAUUGUAUUUGUGAUUGGUUUGCCAAGUAAUGGCUUGGCCCUGUGGGUCUUUCUCUUCCGAACCAAGAAGAAGCACCCGGCUGUGAUUUACAUGGCCUGUCUGGCCUUGGCCGACCUCCUGUCUGUCAUCUGGUUCCCCUUGAAGAUCGCCUAUCACAUACAUGGCAACAACUGGGUUUACGGGGAAGCUCUUUGCAAGGUGCUCAUCGGCUUUUUCUACGGCAACAUGUACUGUUCCAUUCUCUUCAUGACCUGCCUCAGUGUGCAGAGGUAUUGGGUCAUCGUGAACCCCAUGGCGCACCCCAGGAAGAAGGCAAACAUUGCCAUUGGUGUCUCCCUGGGCAUAUGGCUGCUCAUUCUGCUGGUAACCAUCCCCCUGUAUGUUGUGAAGCAGACCAUCUUCAUUCCAGCUCUUAACAUCACCACCUGUCACGAUGUUCUGCCCGAGGACGUGUUGGUGGGGGACAUGUUCAAUUACUUCCUCUCCCUGGCCAUUGGAGUCUUCCUGUUCCCAGCCUUCCUCACAGCCUCUGCCUACGUGCUGAUGAUCAGGAUGCUGCGAUCCUCAGCCAUGGACGAACACUCAGAGAGGAAAAGGAAGAGAGCCAUCAAACUCGUCGUCACCGUCCUGGCCAUGUACCUGAUCUGCUUCACGCCUAGUAACCUUCUGCUCGUGGCACAUUACUUCCUGAUUAAAACCCAAGGCCAGAGCCACGUCUAUGCCCUGUACAUUGCCGCCCUCUGCCUCUCCACCCUCAACAGCUGCAUCGACCCCUUUGUCUAUUACUUUGUUUCACAAGAUUUCAGGAACCACGCAAAGAACGCUCUCCUUUGUCGGAGUGUCCGAACUGUAAAGCGGAUGCAAGUAUCCCUCUCCUCAAAGAAAUUCUCCAGGAAAUCCAGCUCUUACUCUUCAAGUUCAACCAGUGUUAAAGCCUCCUAUUGAGUUUUCCAGGUCCUCAUGGGGGAGUUGUACAGUAGGAUGCGGACCUGCUUAAUCUGAUGGGGACGUGUCUGUUAUUGCCUCACCAAGUGGGUCUCACCACAUACCGUGUGUAUGUGAUGUCUUUCAGGAUUGCUAGAACCUUCCCUGUUUGCAUGGUAAAAGUCCCCCAAAUUAACACAGAUGUCAGUUGCAGAAUUCUGCUAUGCAGAUGCUCCCAGAGACUGAACUAAAGAAGCAGACAUUUCAGAAGGGGGCAAAAAGACAGAAGCCCAGUGACUUGUAAAAACUAGGCUUGGCAUGAAGACUAAGUUCCUAGCUGAAACUGUAUUUCUUUUACAUCUGGGGUCAAUCAUAGCCUUGUUAGGGCCUGAGGGCCCUCGGAGAUAAUCAGUUCAAUUGAUUGACUUUAUGAAUGAGGAAACUGAAGAGGUGAACAAGCUGCCCAGAGUCAGGUUUCCAAUCAAUAGCAGUGAAUUUGGAUUGGACAGUAGAAUACGAAUGUUCAGUGAGCCGGGUUUUUGUACCACUUCAUCAGAAUCAUUCUGGCCCUUGUUUAAAAUGCAGAUUCCUCAGAUUCAGUAAUGAAAGCUCAGGCUGUGGGAACAGGGCCCAGGAAUCUGCAUGUUACAAGCCUGUGUGAUGUUUAUGCACCAAAGGUUCAAGAACUACUGAUCUAAGUGCUGUUUCCGCUUGACAAGGGGCCAUGAUAAUUUCUGA